AGUCUGGCUGUGGAAUACUAGCCCCACACCUAUACCUCGUGGCCAAUCAGAUAGGCGUCAGCAGCUCCAUUUAAAUUCUAUCCCGAGUGACCUCAGCGACUGGGAAAAAAAAACGAACUGAUCACACCACUUGGAGCUUCGCGCACGGCGUACAAACUUCACCGACAAGCCUUCAUGAUGUCUUUACCAUGCAUCUCGACAUCCUAGACACCGUUCUCGUCUCGCAAAAGGAUCCCUCCACGCUCGCCCCGGGCACCACAACCGAGGGCGAGGGCGGCACGACUAAGAGGCCGCAGCCCAACAUGAAGGACGCCGCCGCAGAUGCCGACGCCGAGGCGAAGUGCCCUGUCGACCACAACGCGCGGGAGACAUGGCUCGCCCAAGCUAGAGCUGCCGCCGCGGCGGCGGGCGACGGUCAAGGCACAUCCUCGUCGUCCCCGCCAUCUGGUCCGGAUGCGCGGCCAGCGGGCUGCCCCUCGUCUUCCUCUGGCAGCACCAAUGCCGUGUCCCAGUCGACUUGGAAGAGCUGGGGCAUACCCUUCUUCUCGCGCCCCUCGUCGGAAGCAACUCCCGCAGCCGCACAUCAACAACAGGACCAAGGACAACGACAAAUCCCCUCCUUCCCCCCGACAACCGACGCAACCCCCACCCUCGACACAACCCGACAAGUAAGCUCCAUACCACGAGCCAGCACCCCCUCGCCCAACUCCUCUCGCCCCGCCAACAACGAAUCCGAGACGGACGCCGACCCCGCGACCGGCAACUGGGUGUACCCGUCGGAGCGGCAGUUUUUCGACGCGAUGCGCCGCAAGGCCUUGGCGGCCGCCGACAACACGACGACGACAACAACAACCGCCGCGGUGGCGCCGCCCCGCCCCGCCGACAUGCGCACGGUGGUGCCGAUCCACAACGCCGUCAACGAGCGGGCGUGGGCCGAGAUACGGGCGUGGGAGGCGCCGCACGUGGCCGGGACGGCGUGCGCGGCCGUGGGGCCGCGGCUGCACAGCUUCGCAGGCGUCAAGGGGCGCAUGACGCCGCGGGCGAGGGUGAACACGCUGCUCGGGUAUACGGCGCCGUUUGACAGGCAUGACUGGGUUGUUGAUCGGUGCGGGACGAGGGUUGACUAUGUUAUUGAUUUCUAUGCGGGGAGGGGGGAUGGAAAGGGCGGGGUCGGGGGGGACGGGAAGGUUAACUUCUAUCUUGAUGUGCGGCCCAAGCUGAAUAGCUGGGAGGGCGUCAAGAUGAGGGCUAUGAGGGGGCUUGGGCUUGUUUGAUGGGCUGUGGGACUGUAAUAUUAGCUGUUUAAAAGCCACCGGUGGGAUACAUUAUAUGGGCGUUUCUCCAAUCAAAACAAAAGGGUGGUGGUCAUGGGCAAGAUAAGAGAAGAAAAUGAACAAGGGGCUGGGAGAAGGGCAGAAUACCGCAUAGCGCGCGGCAUCUCCUAUCUUCUAUAUUUG